AUGAAAUCCAAACAAAACAUACAAAAAAAGAGAAAUGAUGAGAGAAAACGUCGUGCAAUUCAAACGCAGUUAAUUGAUGAAAUUGGAUCUCUAGUGCCAUUCAUCAGUCGAAGUGAUGCAAAAUUAUCCAAAAAUGAAAGUUUAAAAUUAGCCACUGGUUACAUCAAAUUUAUGCAUGCUUUCAGGGAUUUGGAUGUUACGCCAUUCAUUUCUGAUUUAAAUCACAGAUUAUCUCAGUCAACAGAUGAUAGAAGUUAUGUUAUAUGUGAUGGAGCAUUGACUGUCAUAUUUUCUAGUGAAGAUGCACUUAAAGAACUAGGCUAUAAAGAAUAUGAUAUCUAUGGAUGCAAACUUACAUCUUUGAUUCAUGAAGAAGAUAUUAAAGAAGUUAUGAAUGCGACCAGUAACUACAAAGAUGCUAUUAUAAAACCAACAGAACUUGACAAACAGGACUUUUGCAUAAAUUUUAGAGUGUAUGAAAAGAAGAAUAUAAGGAAUCAAUUCAGAAAAUUUCAGUUGGUUCGAUUUGAAGGUAAAAUUGAAUUUUUCAAACAACUAUUAGCUAGAAAAGGAGGAAUAAAGAAUGCAAAAAAUGAUGACCCGAUAAACUAUGAUCCAGCAAUUUUGAUUCGAGGUUCAAUAGAUGUUAUAAAAGGUUCUAGUCUAUCCUCGCAAACAAACUAUAGGUUCACUAACAAAAACCAAUAUCAUCUUUUAAUGAGACUUGAUGGAACUAUCUUGUAUGCUGAUCAUCGAAUUGUCAAUGUCAUUGGAUUUCAACCAUUAGAUGUUAUUGGAAAAUCAGCAUACAGCUAUAUCUGUCCUGACGAUCAAGCAAUGUCACUUUAUUUACACACAAAAACACUAAGAAGCAAUGAUGGUGUGGGUGAAGUGGUGCACAGACUACGAGCCAUUAACAACACUUAUGUCUACAUAAACUCUGCUGGUAAAUUAGAAUAUGAUGAUACAACUAUACUUUUUCAUGUCCUGGCCACAGCUUUAAGUGAAGAGCAAGGCGAAAAAAUUCGACGUGAAACCGUAAAAUUACUUACUCCUUAUUGUGGUAACAAGACGACUGCAGAGUUCAAAUAUCGAGUGGAUGAAAUUGCUAACAGUAAAUUAGCUGCACUGAAAAAAGAUGAAAAUCAUGGUGCAGGUCAUCCCAGUCAGAUUAAAAACUGCGUUGAUUUCAAGCGUACAGAUGAAGCACCGUUCCCGAAUAUUUCUCCCUUUCCAAGUUCACCGACUAUAUGUGGUAUUAAUUCCUCUGGUCAAAACGUUGUGGGUCAAUAUGUCGAAAAUGAGUUUAUCCAUAUCUCCGCAUCACCAUUGACUUAUCAAACAUCUCUUCCUGAGCAAUUAUAUUUCACUUCUCAACAUGAUUCUUCGAUUUUUUCGUCGCCACAUUCUUUACCAUUAGCAUCAACUCAAGAACUGAUGCAAUCUCAAUUAUGUUCUUCUCUUUCUACACCAGAAUCGAUGCCAUCAACAUCUUCAUCGUCAAAUCGUUUCAAUCCAGAAAUCAUGGGUCUAUCUAAUGAAGCUCGAUUUGAAGCGAGAAGCAUGGCGACUAAUGAAAUAUUUUUUGCAGAUCAACAUGGAACUGGUUCAUUCGAAGAAACAUUUGCUGAACAAAAUACUAUAUCACCCAACUCUGGACCCAAUUAUAAUUUUCAAAUUGCAGACAUUAACAAUUAGCUUUACAUAGAUCAAGAAGCCUAAAAAACAAUGUUGAUUACUUCAAAUCAAAUUCUUGAUUCUAAAUUAGCCAAAUUUUCUCAGUGUAUGAAUGAAACAAAAACUGAUAAAAACUAUAACCCGUCCAGAGGCAGUUAAUGGCAGCAAAAAAUGAUGUAAUGUCAAUUGAAAAAUUAAAGCUUCACACAUUUCAGAUACCAUAAUAAAAUUGAUUGUAACCAAA